AUGUCUUUAUCACAAUCAUCAAAAUUAAAAUCUGAUGUUGAUCAACUUGAUGAUCUUGUUAAAGAUUUACUUAAUGAAGUAAAUCGACCAAUUGAAACAAGUACAACUAAUCGUACUAGUAAUAAUAAUAAUAAUAAUAAUAAUAAAUAUUCAACAUCAUCUUCAUCAUAUUCUUAUUAUCGUCAAUCAGAUAAUGAUAAUAAUGAUGCAUCAAAUUCAAAAUUACCUUCAUCUCUUCGAGCUUCGUCAUAUACACAAGCAUCAACAUUAAAUAAUCAAAAACGUAAUGAUUUUGAUGCUAAUACAGUUAGUGGUCUUAUUGAUGGUUCAUCACUAUCAUCGAGUGGUGUCCAACGUGAAGAACAACGUGUAAAGACUACACGUGAAGAACGUAUACGUAUAAAACGCGGCGGUGGUGGUGCUAGUGCUAGUAUCAGUGAUGGUACAGAAAUACCAAUAACAAGUUCAUCAAUGAAAACAACAACCACAACCACAAAUAAACCAAUUCAAACAACAUCAUCACGAGACCAAUUAUCCAUUGAUGAACAACUUAUUGAUUCAUUAUUAGAAAGUGUUCAAAAUACUCUAAGAAAACGUUCACAACAACAACAACAACUACCAACACAUCAAACAACAUGGACAACUGAUAUACCAAUACAUCAUCAACAACCAACAAAUAAUCGUCGAACAUAUAGUUCAAGUGCUGCUUAUACAGAUUCGGUUCAUCGAGUAAGUACAUCAAGUGUUGAUAUAAUUAUUGGUCACACUUUAAUUGUGUUUUAA